ACAUUCUUGCAAAGUACAAACAUCAAUGUCAAGUUCGGCAAAUGUCCAAAUGUCUAAUUGUGCUGCAGUUUAACCGAAAUACAAAAGAAUCAAACUGAGAUAUACAGUUUAAAUAUAUAAUUUUCUACUACAAUAUCGAUAAGAAAUAGUAUUGAUUAAUAGUUAGUGCAGUUUUAUUCCGAAACUUUAAAGAUGUUGAUCAAAGUUAAGACUUUAACUGGGAAAGAGAUAGAGAUAGACAUAGAACCCACCGACAAAGUGGAACGUAUCAAAGAAAGAGUCGAAGAAAAAGAAGGCAUUCCACCUCAACAACAGAGACUCAUUUUUUCAGGAAAGCAGAUGAAUGAUGAGAAGACAGCCCAGGAUUAUAAAGUACAAGGAGGAUCUGUGCUUCAUUUGGUGUUGGCAUUAAGAGGGGGUAAAUGAUCUCUUGUGAUUAACUUCUCAAUUUUAUAUUACUUAUUAUUUAAUUAUUCAUUUCCUGUAUAAAGUAAAAACCAAUUAAA